GUGAUCGUUGACAUGAGAGAAUUUAACAGCGAAUUGCCAACAGCGCUUUAUAAGAGAGGCAUCGAUCUUGUGCCCGCAACAAUCGAGGUAGGCGAUUACAUUCUUUCUCCGAAUGUGGCCGUUGAAAGGAAAGCUCUGGAUGAUCUCACUCAGUCUCUCCACAGCGGCCGUGUUUUCAAGCAAAUCGAACAGAUGCUGCGACAUUAUAAAAAUGUUAUAUUGCUGGUUGAGGCGAAUGUGAAGGAUGACUACAGGAAAGUAAAUGGUGGCCCAUUUCAGGGAGAAUUAAGUCGACGCUGUCAAGAGACGCGAUCGCUAUUUACAAUUCUUGUCCGUUCGUAUCCGAACAUGAAUGUUUUUUGGACUUUGGAUCCGGUUCAUUCUGCAGAAAUGUUCGAAGAGUUGAAGGUGAAUGAGUCCAAUCCGAUUUUGGCUGAAGUGCUGGCAAUCAAAAGCGACCUUGAGGAAUCUGCCGACACUGCUGAUCUAGUGCAAGGCGAGAAAUCGAGCGUGAAUUCGGUAUUGCAUAGGCAAAUAACACGCUUGCCAAACAUGUCGAGUGGCGAUGCAGCUCGAUUAAUGAGAUGCAGAAAAGUGAAGUGCUUAUUGGAUGUGGUUAAUGCAGAUGCUGAGGGUCUUGCAGAAAUUAUGGGCAGCAAAGAGCAGGCAACUUCUCUGUUCCGGUUCUUUAACGCUGAUUUCAAAAUGAAAGCUCUGAUGUCCUAA